GUCACUCCUUACAACAGCUGUUUUUAUUUGUCAGGAAAUUUCUUGCUCGCAGGCUUAAUGUUAACUCUAUGCUGUCCAGCGAAACCACGUUAGUGUCCCGUGAAAACUAUCUGAUCUAAUGCUAACUAAAAUUAACUGAACUGGUUCUACCGGCGCCAAACAAAAAUUCCAGAUUCAAGCAUGGGCGGAACCCAUAGUAAUGACCAUUCGAACUUUGCUGAGAGACAAAACUGGUUUUCCGUCCAACUUGAAAUUCAGGGCAAUUUACUACAGCAUAAAAUUUUUUUUGGAUGGAGUGCGUCAGAAAAGUUUUACUGACAUAAAUGAUAUGCAAAGUUUAUACUUCGGACACGAUUUAACUUGGAUCAAUAAUUCUAUUCGGAGAUAAAAGUGUUCAGUUCCAAGGAAACAAUCGCAGACCAAAUAUUUCCAGCUUCCCAAAAUGAGACUCUGGUUGCUGUUGCUGCUUACUGGCCUUUUUUCAAGUUCAUGUCAAUCAUCUAAAGAAAAUACGACAUUACUAUUAGUGCAAACACUUUUUCGGCAUGGCGAUCGGUCUCCAUCGAGGUUAUAUUCCAGUGAUCCAAAUGAAGCAGCUCCCUGGCCUGAAGGUCUCGGGAAGCUCACUCUGAUAGGACGGAAGCAGCAGUAUGCAGUUGGAAAGUUUCUGCGUUCCAUGUACAAAGAUUUCGUCACUUCAAAUCCGAAUGAAGUUCUUGUGAACAGUUCCUCAGCGGAUCGAUGCCUGAGAAGCGCCGAGGCACUCGUCGCUGCUUUCUACGCUCCGGAAGGAAUCUGGAAGUUCGAGGAAGGUCUUAGUUGGCAACCUAUUCCAAUUCACUACCUUCCUACGGAACAGGAUAAAUAUCUGAGUUUCGCUAGUCCCUGCCCCCGAUCUUUGGCUGAUUCGAAGAGAUUGUAUAAUUCCAUGCAAGUACAAGGGAUCUUCCAGAAACAUAAGAAAAUACUGGAUUUUAUAUCUGAUCAAGUGGGCUAUAACGUUUCAAGAGGAAAUAGUGCUUUUCGACUGCAUGACACUUUGCUUAUUGAGACAAUACACAAUAUCUCAAUUCCGGAAUGGGCAGAACAAUACUGGAAUGAGAUUGGAGAAGUUGCAGACGCCAUCUAUCGGAGCUUUUUCAGUUCUUUCACCAUACUGCGAUUACGUACAGGUCCUUUAUUUGAAAAAAUAAUUGAAAAUAUGGAAAGAAAGAUAAAUGGAUCAAAUCCUGGUAUGAAAGUUCAAGUAUUCUCUUCACAUGAUAACAAUUUAGGGGCUGUGUUACUGGCUUUGAAUUUUACAAACAUCCCAAGGCCACCAUACAGCGCUACUUUGAUACUCGAGCUCCACAGGAUGGAGAACAACAUAAAUGCUGUGCGACUUCUCUACCUCAAUUCCACCAGGCCCGAGAGUGACGUGGGGGAGCCUCACUCUCUCGUGUUGGAGGGGUGUUCCGAAUUCUGUCCAUUGGAAUACUUCGAGAAGAAAAUUCAACCCUUCAUUCCAGAAAGCUGGGAACGAGAAUGCCAACUCGAGCAUGACAUACUUUAAGGAAGUUGACUGUCUAUUGUAUCGCUGCUCAAAAUGCACCUGAGUUUCUAUGAUUGAUACAGAAAAUAAAGAAUGUUUGUUUAAUAAAGCGAUAAUUUUCGUAAA